CCUAUGUUUUAGACAAAGGCGAAAGCAUCUGGGACCGCAUGGUCCACUCUCGCCCGGAAUACAUAUACGACCGCAGCAACGGCGAUGUGGCAUGCGACUCCUACCAUCUGUGGCAGGAAGACCUGCGACUGGUGCAGGAGAUGGGAUUGGACUUCUACAGGUUCUCUAUAUCGUGGCCUCGCCUGCUGCCGCUCGGCUUCAGCAACAAGGUGAGCGAAGAUGGCCGCCGGUACUACGGCGCUGUCAUCGACGGGCUGCGCGCGCGCGGCGUCGCGCCUCUCGUCACGCUCUACCACUGGGACUUGCCACAGAGACUACAGGAACUCGGAGGCUGGACGAACCCCCUCAUAGUCGACUGGUUUGCGGACUACGCACGUGUGGCGUUCACCCUCUUCGCUGACCGCGUGAGCACGUGGAUCACCAUCAACGAGCCAGGCUCCAUCUGCGAUGUGGGCUACAGGGGGCUCCUGGCGCCGGGGGUCAGAGACCACGAGGUCGGGGCGCUGUUGUGCGCGAAGCAUGUGCUGCUGGCGCAUGCCAGGGCGUACAGGGUGUACCAGGAGGAGUUUAAGGCCAAAUAUCGCGGUGAACUGUCGAUUGUGAACCACGAGAUGUGGUUCGAACCCAAAACUGACCAAGACUUGGAAAUUACAAUACUGGCGAGAGAAUAUUCAUUCGGGCGUUACUCACACCCCAUCUAUUCCGCCGCCGGGGGCUGGCCGCCCGCUUUAGAGAGGUAUAUGGCAGACAAAAGCAAGAAGGAGGGGUACCCUCGCUCCAGGCUCCCGGCGUUCACCCCAGAUGAGAUACAACUCUUGAGAGGAUCGUUUGACUUCUACGGGCUGAACCACUACACGUCGCGCGUGGUGCGCGCCGCGGCGCCCGGCGAGCGGGGCUCCUUCAUGAUGCGCGGCGUCGAGGAGGCGGACGCCGUGCUGGAGGCCAGGCCCCACUGGGAAACCGCCGCGGCUUCCUGGUUGAAGGUGAACCCAGAAGGUAUCCGUAACCUCCUGAAGCUGAUCAAGCAUCAGUACGGAGACGUGAAGAUCCUGAUCACGGAGAACGGGUACUCCGACACCGGCCACCAGCUCGACGACGGCGACAGGGUGAACUACUACAAGGACUAUUUGGAACAGGUUCUCUUGGCCAUCGCCGAGGACGCGGUGCGGGUGGUCGGCUACGCCGCCUGGACGCUGUUCGACAACUUCGAGUGGACGGCUGGAUACACGUCGCGCUUCGGUCUCUACUCUGUGGACUUCACCUCCCCGCGCCGGCCCCGCGCCGCGCGCGCGUCCGCGCGGUACUACGCCCGCGUGGUGCGCGCGCGCGCCCUACACGCCGCACGUGUUACUUACACACACAACACCACGGAGUAG